AUGGAUAAAUUCAAACUUUUAUCACGACUAUACGGUUUGUUCAAAAUAGAAGAAAAAGAGUUACCCACAGAAGUAUUUUAUUAUUAUUUGAAACACGAUACUGCGAAUUUAAAAAAUUAUAGAAAGGAAUGUUCUGAAUUAAGUCCUCUGUUCAACAAAUAUCCGAAUGUCAUAAAACUUUGUAAACAAGUUCUAAAAUACUUAAAAACUAAUUAUUCAACGUUGAAUAAUCAAGCUAAUGAUUAUGAUUUAUGUAAACUCUUGAAUUACUGGGUAUAUAAUAGAUUAUUUGAAAUUUUGGGUUCUAAUGAAAAUUCGUAUGUUUACAUUGCCUUUGGGGAACUUAGUCGUAUCUGGACUACUUUUGUUGAUGUUAAUUUAAAGAAAACUCAUCGUAAUACAUGUAGACCUAUGAGUGAAAUUGUUAAUCAUUUUAAUUGGGAACAAAGAAAGGAAUUAUAUGAUUACCAAGUUAAUUAUGCUUCCCUUCGUAAACUUGUUGAUUACUAUGAUGUUAAAUGCAUAAAAUAUUACGACUAUAUUGAAAAAAUAGCUAACCUAUAUAAAUACUUUGAUGAACCUUGUUCUUCUAAUAAUAAAAAUAUUUGCCCAGAUUUUUAUAAUGGUAUGAAACAAUAUAAUCCAAAUGAUUUUAUACAUAAUCUCCGUUGUUAUAAUAAAAUACAGGAAGAAAAGAAAGCUGCUGCUGCCGCUAAUAAAAAAGCUGUAGCUGAAAAUCUAGAAGGCAGACCAACAUUACAAGGAAGAGCAUCCUCAGAUACCGGUCCCCAUUCUGAGAAUCCAACAAAUGGGAUGAUAACUCCUGAUUCUUCACAGUUAAUGCGUGACAAUUCACACUCUGCAAUAAAACCUGGUGAUGUACUACUGGGAGUAGUUGUGACUUCUAUGACUUCUGGUUUUUUAUAUAAAUUUACACCCAUAGGAAAGCGGUUAUCCAACAGAUUUGGAAGGAAAAGAAUGAUUGGAAGUAUCCUAAAUGAAGAAAACAAUGCAUUAUUUGAUUAUACAUCGGAUUCGUAUAAUCCAGGUUAUGGUGAUAUAGAACACUAUAUAGGAUACCAUCAAGCGUAA